AUGGAUCCAGCAAGGUCGUCGGAUCUUCAGGAGUAUUUGAGCAAGAGCGCUCAACGGAUGGAUCAGCAGGACGAACAGGUGAUUGCCACUGCUCGCGCCGUGCAAACGUUGGUGGCGCAGGUGGCCAAGCUCUCGACCCAGGUACAACAUCUUUCAUCUCCCACUGCGCCAGCCCCACUGCCCGUUCCCCACUCAUCGACCAGCACGCCACAAGAGCCUCAUAUUCCUGCACCAGAGAGGUAUGGUGGAGAACCUGAUGCUUCGGAGUGUAAGUGGAACGAGGAGGCGCAGUGGGAUGUAUUCCUGCAUGGGCUGGCCGACCGUGUGCAGCAGGAGAUCUAUUCACUGGAUUUACCUCCCACUCUUAACGGACUGAUUGAGCUCGCGCUGCGAGUGGAUGGCCGUUUGCACGAACGCGCUGAACGCAGGAAGCCUGUGGCGCGUCUCGAAGAACUGGAUGCUGCGGGGGUCAGCGGUGAGCACACGGUCAGUCCCCCGUUCGAUCACGAGCCCAUGCAGGUGGGGAGAGCUCGGCUCUCCCGGGAGGAGAGGACACACCGGAAGGAGAAAGGACUCUGUCUGUACUGUGGUGGAGCUGGACACUUUCUUAAGGACUGUCCGGAGGAGUCGGUGAACCUGUCAAACGUGCCCCAGGAGUACCAUGACCUGAAGGAAGUGUUCAGAUUCUCUGGCAGCUGGGAUCAUCCGCCCUUCUUCAUCUCCCGCGGGGCAGGUUUUUUUUUCGUGGGUAAGAAGGAUGGCUCUCUGCGGCCGUGCAUUGAUUACAGAGGACUGAACAACAUCACGGUAAAGAAUACUUAUCCUUUGCCGUUGAUGUCUUCUGCCUUUGAGCGGCUGCAUGGCGCGUCUCUGUUCCCGAAAUUGGACCUGCACAACGCUUAUCAUUUGGUCCGCAUCAGGGAGGGGGAUGAAUGGGAGAUGGCUUUUAACACCCCUAGAGGGCACUUUGAAUACUUGGUUAUGCCGUUUGGGCUUUCCAACUCGCCCGCCGUCUUCCAAGCACUCAUCAAUGACGUGUUGAGAGAUAUGGUCGAUCAGUUCAUAUAUGUCUACCUGGACGACAUAUUGAUUUUUUCUUCUUCUCUCCAGGAACACGUGCAACACGUCAGGCGAGUGCUCCAAAGGCUGUUAGAGAAUGGGCUUUUUGUCAAGGCGGAGAAGUGCAUUUUUCAUGCACAGUCUGUUCCAUUUUUGGGGUACAUCGUGUCGUCCGAGGGGGUGCGCAUGGAUACUGACAAGGUUAAGGCUGUGGUGGAUUGGCCAAUUCCAGAUUCCCGCAAGGCCCUGCAGAGGUUUCUGGGCUUUCCAAUUUUUACCGGCGUUUUAUUCGCAAUUUCAGCCAACUAGCCGCUCCUCUGACUGCCUUAACCUCCCCCGCAACAGCGUUCAGGUGGUCGGAUGCAGCUGAGGCUGCAUUCUCCAAUCUCAAGAGCCGCUUCGUUUCGGCUCCCAUUCUUGUCGCCCCUGAUCCUUCACGUCAGUUUGUGGUGGAGGUUGAUGCGUCAGAGGUGGGGGUAGGUGCAGUUCUAUCUCAGCGCUCCGCAGCGGACGAUAAGAUGCAUCCUUGCGUGUUUUUUUCACAUUGUUUAACUGCUGCCGAACGUAAUUAUGACAUUGGUAACAGGGAGCUGCUGGCGGUCAAAUUAGCUUUGGAAGAGUGGCGUCACUGGUUGGAGGGUUCGGGGGUACCUUUCAUCGUCUGGACUGAUCAUAAGAACCUUGAGUAUAUUAGAUCCGCUAAACGACUUAACUCUAGGCAGGCUCGGUGGGCUCUUUUUUUCAGUAGUUUUGAUUUUUCCCUAUCUUACCGUACCGGGUCCAAAAACAUCAAGCCCGAUGCACUUUCUCGCGUUUUUGAUCGCUCCGAGCGCCCGUCCACUCCCGAGUGUAUUCUUCCUGAGAGACUCAUUGUCUCUUCACUCACAUGGGAGGUCGAGUCGAAGGUCCGCACGGCCUUAGAAGGGGUAACGCCUCCGCCCGGGUGCCCACCGAGUCGGUUAUUUGUGCCAGAGGGGUUGCGUUCAGACGUUAUCCGAUGGGGCCACGAUUCCAAUCUGGCUUGUCAUCCAGGGGUUAGUCGCACCAACUUUUUGGUCAAACAACGAUUUUGGUGGCCCUGCAUGGCUCGCGAUGUUCACAAUUUUGUUUUGGCUUGCUCUGUCUGCGCUCGUGGUAAGACUUCUAAUCGUCCCCCUGAGGGACUC